AUGGCCAGAAAUAUGGAGAUCGCGCAGCAGAUCUUGUGUUCUGGUGACGUUGAUUUCGUCUACGCCGUUGCCCCCGACACUGGCGUCGUGUUUGCCACAAGGGUGCACUCUCCGUCCGAUGAUAACGCAUGGGAUGACGUGAUCGAACAGACGAUCUUGCAGUUUACAGGACUCCACGACUAUUUGCAAGAAAACGAUGUCGGCACACAGCUGAUCUCAGACUACUGGCCACAGGGCACGAGUGCGGGGAUCACGUACAACUCCAACAUGAGCGAAGAUGAUGAUUUGAAGUUGUGGACUGGAUACGACUUCAUCAAGACAAUGUCAACGUCGGACGUCCAGCCUAGUACAUGGAUGGCACGUUGUGAAGAUUUCUCACGCCGAGAAACGAAUCAAGACUCUUUGGCGGUCAAGGCGUUCCUGAAAGACGCUACAGGCGGACUGGUAGAUAGCUGUGCUGGGGGCGAGGAUGCAGGCCUGGCGGGAUGGUACAGCAUGACCAGAUUCAGGGGCCUUUGCCCGGAGACUUCAGGCUGUUCCAAGGUGUGGUUAUUUUUCUCUCAUCCUCGUUGGGGUUGCCCUGGCCAAUGCUACUCUGACCACAUAAUCGACCAACCAUUCAGCGACAUGUUGCGAAAUGCUAGCUGCGUGGGCGACAGCUCUGAGACAUGGAGGACCGAAGCGAUGGUAGAGUACGUCUCUGGAUUUUCUCAAUACGUGCAGAAGCGCCCGGGCUUCUGGGCAAGGCUCACGAGCACAAGCACGAGCGCAAUUAUACAGGGCGUGAUCUCGGCCUACGAGGAUGCGACGGGUAGCGCGUCCAACCAGACCGUCGCAUCUGUGCAAAAAAGCAUUUGGCAUGGUAUCACCUUUGAGAGGAUGGCUCAGGGUAUUUACGAGCUUGCCCCAGGAUUGCCAAUAUACGACUGUGACGGCGUGAAGCUGACUGGCUGCGCUCUGUGGACCGACGCUCUCUUUGAGGAAAUCGUGGACGUGAAUCUGUGCAGUGAGAGUCACCACCAGUCAAUCGCCUUCUGGUGCCCGCAGCGCUGCAGGUGCGUGAUGUAUUGGCAGAGGUCUUGCCCUCUGUCUUGUUUUCUAACCUGA